AUGGGUCAGAGAACACAACAGUUAGCUUCAAAUUCUCAAGCUCCGGGCACCCUACCCAGUGGUACGGUAACAAAUCUGCGAGAAUAUAACAAUGUUAAUACUGUCGUAACCCGAAGUGGGAAGUCAACGGAAGAAAACAGUAUGGAGGAAGAUGGAUUGUUAGAAGUGGAUUUAGAAAUCAAGGAAAUUAAUGACCAAGAUAAAGAAGUAGUACUGCCACCUGUCAAGGAGAAAGAAAAAGUUCCAAAACCAGUCAUCAAACUCCCUUACCCUCCGAGUGUCAUUCUUCAAGGUAUGAAAAUCCCAAUGAAAAAGAAAGAUAGGGGAUCGGUUACUAUUCCAUGCACUAUUGAUGAUAGAAAAUUCAAGAAGGCUCUGAUUAACUUAGGAGCAAGUGUAAGCUUGAUGCCACUAUCCAUCUACAAGAAAUUAGGCAUUGACACCGUUCAAGAUACUCGGAUGACACUUCAGUUUGUUGAUCGCUCUGUUAGGAGACCAUAUGGGAUUGUGGAAGACGCUCUUGUAAAAAUUGACAAGUUUGUUUUCCCAAUUGACUUCGUCAUUCUGGAAAUGCCCGAAGAUAAUGAGAUCCCUCUCAUAUUGGUGUAA